CGCCCCCAUGGCACGCGACAAGAUGCCACCGGCAAAGGCGCCCCCGCCUACGUUCUCCUCCGCCGACACGCGCUUCAACCCUGCAAACUUUGUGCGUCGCAACUUAAACAACCAGGUCAUGAACAACCAAGUGAACCCGAUGGCCUCAUCGCCCUUCAACCCGUCGUCGCAACCGCGCCCGAUGGCUGGCUUCCCGAUGGCUGGCUACCCAUCGUCGCCAGUGCUCACGCCCGUUACCCAGCCCGCGCGCUUCCAAGCCCAGCAAUCUGGCUCAUCGCGCUUCAGCAACUCGUCGCCCUCUAGGUUCCCUUCGCUGCCCUACAUCCCCCCGUCGCAGGACUCAGAUCCGAUGCUUGGAUCCGCAACCUCUCCCGUGCUCAUGCCCGGUGACCUGCCCACGCGCUCGAGCAACUCGUCGCCCUUCAGCAACUCGCCGUUGCACACGAGUCCGAUGCUUGGAUCCGCAACGUCGCCUGUGUUCAUGCCCGUUGACCAGCCCACGCGCUUUCACGCUCAACAGUCUGGCCCGUCGACCUUCAACUCGUCACGGCACUCGCGUCCUUUGUAUGGACCCGCAUCGUCGCCUGUGUUCACACCCGUUAAUCAGCAGCCUGCGGUCUUCAAUAACUCGUCACUGCAUACGCGCCCGGUACUCGGAUCCCCGUCGUCGCCCUUGCUCACGCCCGUCAGUCAGACCACGCCCUUCAGCCACUCGUCGCUGCAUACGCGCCCGAUGUUCAGCUCUUCGUCGCCUUCGUCGUCCCCUGCGUUGACAACUGCUAAGCAGCCAACCCUGUUCCAAGCUCAACCAUCGCCCUUGGGCAACCCGCCGCUGCAAUCGCGCCCGCUGCUUGGCUCUCCGUCGUCUUCUGUGUUGACGCCUGCUAAGCAGUUUACACCGUACCAGGCUCAACCGUCGGGCUCGUCGCUCUUCAGCAACUCGUCACCGUACUCGUGCCCGAUACGUGGUUCCCCAGCGGCUUCUUCUGCACCCACAACCGCUAACCAGCUCCCGCUAUUCCAAGCGCAACAACCAUCAGGUUCGCCGCUCUUCAGCAACUCGUCACCGCACACGGCACCCAUUCUUGGCACUCCGUCUCCUGCACCUACGCCCGCUAACCAGCUCAGACUGCUCCAAGCGCAACAGCCGUCAGGUUCAUUGCCCUUCAGCAACUCGUCGCACGCGGGUCCAGUUUUUGGUACUUCGUCUCUUGCACCCACGCCUGCUAAUCAGCUUAUGCUGAUCCCCGCCCAAGGCAAUGAGCAUGACGCGGGCAUGGGUGUUCAGAUCAAGCAGGAACCCGACUCGGACGAUGACAACGUGGGUGCUCCGGUCAAUCAGGAGGACGACGUUACCCAUGUUAUCACGGGUGUUCGGAUCAAGCAGGAACCUGGCAUGGACGAUAUCAACGUGGAUGGGCCAAGUACGCAGCAAGACAUGCAGUCAGCCAAGCGCGAGGCGAAGACCGCCAAGCGAAAGAAGAAGAAGAAGGAAAAGCUGGAGAAGAGAAUCGACGAGCUCAAAGAACGGUACAUGAAGGAUCUCGGCAUUACCGACAUGCAUCAGAAACGUCCGCGAUACAAACUUCGAAAGCACCGUGUCAUGCCAUCAUACAGAAAACUGCGUGAGGAAGCAAGCGCGGAGAUAGUCAUGGAAACCGCUCGCAUUUAUGCCGAAAAGAAUAAAGCGAAGCACAAGGGCGGACUGGACGGACUGGAUGGGCUUGGUAAGAGAUUGAAACGCCGGAUCCUUAUAAUUCAAGAGCAGCGGGACUUGGCCGCACUGGAGCGUUUGAAAAGUGAGGCGAAAUUCAACUUUAUGUCUCAGAACGAGAAAGACGCAUUCCUCUUGGCCAAGCUCUGCAAUCGCUGUGGUGCAUACCACAACAGCGAUGGGUGCACAAUCCUCGAUCGCGAAAAGAUUGCGAGGCCCAGCAAAAGGAGUCUUCUUGCUAAGACUAGAGACUUCAGGUUGGAGGAAUUGAACGAGAUGAGGAUGCGCGAAGACAUGCACAGCCUGAACGAAGGCGUGCUCGGGAUGGACUUGAAGGAGCAGUAUCCGCUCCCCGACUACGAUGUUUCCCACCUGGACCUGGAAGCGAAGUGAUACUCGCUCAACGGCAGAUUGAUGCAGCUUGUUGGAUGUUUGGUGCUGGAAACAAGGUACAAGGAGCGAUUGAUUAGGCCAGGUUUGUUUUUGUCAUGGAGAGUUAUGGGCACGUCAGGCUACAGUAGAUUCUAAUCGUAAACCGAGU